AUGCCCAAGACUGACGCACCCUGUCUUGAGUACGCCAUGGACACUAAGCCUACUCCCGAAAUUGAACCACACCCAUCAGACGAGGAAACUGGGCCGAGGUUCAACGAGCAAACUAACUAUGUGCCGGUCAAGACUAUCAUUACUAUAUUUCUGGCCUGCGCAAGUAUUGACUUGCUAGCAUUGUUAGACCAGACUACUCUUGGAGCAAGUUUAACCAUUGUCAGCAAGGCUCUUGACGCUGACAGUGAGCGCGCAUGGAUUGCAGGCGCCUACUUCCUCACAUCGACCUCAUUUCAAUUACUCUAUGGCCGCCUUUCCGACAUAUGGUCUCGCAAAGUCGUCUUGAGUGUCGGCAUUGCAGUCUUCUUCUUCGGUUCAUUAGCCGCGUCACUGGCACAGUCAGCCGUUCAACUCAUCAUUUUCCGUGCCUUCACGGGAGCCGGAGGCGGCGGUCUUGUGACAAUCGCCCAAUUGAUAGUUUCUGAUAUAGUACCGCUUCGCGAAAGAGGCAAGUAUCAAGGUAUACUGGGGGCUGUUGUAGCGCUGGCCAAUGGAAUCGGACCAAUCAUUGGAGGUGCACUCGCCUCACAAAGCCCAGAUUCUUGGCGAUGGAUAUUCAGGCUGAAUCUCUUCACAAGUCUUGUGGCUAUUGGCGCUGUGACCUUCUUGAUGCCAUUACGCAAAGUCCACGGCGCAUGGAAAGAAAAAGUAGCAGCUAUCGACUUUUUUGGAGCUUUCCUAGCCCUUGCCGGCUCCACACUACUCGUGUUGGCAUUGACGUGGGCUGGUGGUGAACACCCAUGGGAAUCUGCUCACGUUGUCGCUACUCUUGUCGUCGGCGUUGCAGUCUCCGCAGGUUUCAUACUAUGGCAAUGGAAAGGUACCAGUGUGCCGCUAGUUUCACUGGAAAUAUUCACUUCAAAGGUCGUUAACGGGGCGAUGUUGACAAUGUUUGUCAAUGGCUGGAAUUUUCUUGUCCAGAUCUUCUACAUCCCGUCGUUCUACCAACUGGUAUACGGUUAUUCAGCUGUCAAGUCUGGAGCACUGUUGCUACCUAUCACACUCACACAAACGCUCUUUAGUACACUCUCUGGUCUCGUAGUGCAUUGGACUGGACGUUACCGGGAAUGCCUUCUCAUCGGAUGGGCAGUAUGGGCAAUUGGAUUGGGCUUACUAUCAACGCUUGACAGCCCUUCUCUUGGAAAGCAGAUAGGAUACUCUCUUCUUGCUGGUUUUGGACUUGGAAACACACUGCAGCCAAGCCUGAUCGCUGUCCAAGCAGGAGUCGAACGCAAACACAUGGCAGUCGUCACAUCAACACGCAAUUUCAUACGCAACCUCGGCGGUACCCUAGGAUUGGCAAUUGCGGGAACCAUUGUCAAUAAUGCCGUUCGUCAUUCACUAGCACCAUACGGACUCUCUAGAACGGAAUUGAACCUACUUCUCAACUCGCCAGACCUAUUUCGCGAGUCGGUCGGGACACAGCGUAUGGAUCAAAUUCGCGUCACGCUCACCUCAGCAUACAAGGAAGGCUUUCGAAUCAUUUUCAUCGUGGGUGCGGCUCUCAACGCCAUUGCCUUUGUCGCUGCCUGGUUCUUGAUGCCUCAGGUAGAACUUGCACGGAAGGACGAUGCUCAGCUAAAGGAAGAAGGGCAGAAGAGGCAUGAAGAGAGGCGUAAUAAAUCCUCUAAAGUCUAG